AGUGUGAAGAGAGGACCCACAUGUCCGACGCAACACGGAAUCUGAGGCGGUGGACAACACUUCGGCACUAAGUUUUGUGCAACGGACGAAGAAAUCACACGCUUGCGCGAAGAGAGGAAGCUGAGAUCUCCAGUAGGGUUAGAGAAAAAGCUGCGGUAGUCACAGAAACUGAGUGAGAAUCUGAGGCGACGAACAACCCCGUCUUAAGGUAUAACUAUUUUGCUUUACUUCUUGACCAAGGUACGCGAUUGCUUUAACGUGGUGUGUCGAUUCUAUAUUGGCAAGUUUUUGUUUGACAAUCUGUAAUUGGCGGUCUGAGAUGGAGGCCGAGAUGGAUCGUUUUCCAGAAGAAAGGAAAGAAUUAUCUGAACAAGUCCGGGACUUAGAGAACCAGCUUGAGGGGCUUCGCUCUGAGAGAGUGGAGGAAAUUGCAGAGUUCGCUCCUGAGAAGAAGGCCCUUCAAGAUCGUCUUUGUGAUGCAGAGAGUCAGAUUUUGCAGCUGAAGACUCGUCAACGUGAAGAAUUGGAGAAAGUGGUAAAGGAAAAGGACGACCUUGCCGAAAGGCUGAAGAGUGCGGACGAAAAGCUGAAGCAGUAUGCGACAGAAAACGUGACCAGAGAAGAGAUUCGGCAGUCCCUUGAGGACGAGAUCAGAAGAUUGAGACAAACAGUGGGACAAAAUGAAAAAGAAAAGCAGAAAAAGGAGGAGCGGAUUGCUGAAUAUGAAGAACGUAUUCAUGGUAUGCAAGCACGAUUGGAGGCCUACCAGGAAUAUAUCCAAUCACUCGAUACUCAACUCCGGGAAGAAAUGUCUAGGCAUGCUCCUCUGUACGGUGCUGGUCUGGAUGCACUUUCAAUGACAGAGUUGGAGACGAUCUCGCGCAUUCAUGAAGAAGGGCUUAGGCAGAUCCACGCCAUUCAGCAACAACGUAACGGCAGCCCUCUUAGCAGUCCUAUCAUGAGUCCCCACACGCUACCGCCGCACAAUCACGGGUUGUAUCCGACCACGCCCCCUCAAGUGGCAGUGGGGCUUCCCCCUUCCAUCAUGCCCAAUGGCGAAGGGAUGCACCACAGCAACAGGCACGUCAACGGUGCGAUGGGUCCCUGGUUCAAUCACAAGUAGAGAGCCCUGGAGUCAUUGGGGGAUGCCCUACCCUAUCCACCUGGGAUCUGUUUCGCAUUGAAAGUGGAGGGAUGAUGAUUUUCUGAGAGUGGAAUUUAUUUGGCAUUUUGACUGGGGGGACUGUUGGGAUGAGUUGCUGGUGAAAGGGCUGUUGUAAUUGAUAGAUAGCUGGACGGAGGGGGGGAUUAGAUUGGUGUCUAGUCCAAUGGGAGUAACAGUUAAACUGCCAUGCCUGCUUUUUUUUAAUAGUUCUUCAUAUGAUCAAUUAUAGGUUCCAACAAAUUUUGCAAAA